UUGACCAAGGGAUAUCACGAUGUUCGAUUGUUGAUGUCCGUGGCAAGACUAUGGCCGGAGGUCAUGAUAGUCGCAUUCGCUGGCCUGAGCACUGCAAUUGUCUCUCGCUUGCUCGGUUAGACGCGCAGCAUUCCGCUACCUCUUCCCCGCAGCGAUUAGACAAACAACUAUGUGGACACCAGUCGGCAACAAUCCACCCAGCAGUCGAAGUCACUCUUGCGGAGAGGCAGGUAGUGACUGUUACAAGUUAUACCACAACCUUCUACACAGUUACCUGGUCAUCUACUUCCAGUACGGUGACAUCGAUCGCGCCGAUACAAUCAAGUGAAAGCACCAAUCCUGGAGCGGUAUCGUCGUCAAUGCCGAAGAUUUCGAGUCUGUCGAGCUUGACCAGUACGCGGUCGACUAGUCAGAUCUCAUCCAUAGCAGAAUCUCUCCCGAUGUCAACAGGCAAUAUAAUCCAACCUACCCAGAUGCCCAGUCCAUCUUUGACUUCCUCGACUUUCAACUCUACCUCGACAUCGACCCAAAGGGUGGUCCUGCCAAAUCCGUCUGUCACGUCGCAAACCACGACGACUCUUACAUCAUCGUCCACUUCAUCGUCAGCUAUCCAAUCCUCCACAUCCUUCACGUCCUCAGAUUCCGGGAUCUCUCAGCAAUCGACUCUCGAAUCGUCGAUCAGUGUCAUAUCUCCAUCGAGCACUUCGGUCACCUCGUUGAGGCCAGGUCAGACACCUGCCACCGGUGCUAUUACAAGCAGUCAUACGAAGAGGAACAUACUGCCAAUCAUCAUCGGCAUUUUUGUGGGUGUACUCCUCGUCACUGCAGCGAUGUGGUGGGCACGUAAAAGAAUCCGUCACCGGAGAACUGCGUCAGGACCCAAAUCUGACCGACUCGAUUAUGCUCACCUGGCGUCCGCUUACUACAUCAGUGGUACCGACAAGUACGAAUCGCUCAGAAAUAGCGCGUCAUAUCACGGUGGCGGCUUGAGCACGCACGUGGAUACAAGCAGAGUAUCGCUACCCCACUUUCUCGGCCCGCUCUCCUGCGACAUACCCCGAAUGCCCCAGCAGGUCCUGAUCGUACCUCCAUAUCCCGAUUUACUUCUGCCGACGCCUACACAGGAAUCAUGGGCGACCCGAAUGUCUAGGAUGUCUUCCGCGUCGAUUCCCGAGCAACCCCUUCCAUCGCCCUUGAGCCCCGCGAGUCUGACGUCUCUGCUGGACGCGAAUUGGCCUGUAGUGUCAUCUACAAGGCUAGCUCAAGGAUGGGCCCCUGCGCCUCGUCGGUCACUCAUGGUCAUCGAACAGGGGCGCGAAGGGGGUCCGCCCAGAGACCAAGCGCAGGGACGUGCACAGGAACGGGCAUCGAGGACGUUGUCUAUGUGGGCUAGGAUCAGUCCAGGGACGCUACCGGAUCCACGUACCCGCCGGCCAACAGAGGAUGGAGGUGUUCGCCUUGCAGGUGGACCUCCCGGCGUCGAAUUUGUCUCCCACGAUGCGCCCGUAUAUGAGACCAUGACCAUUAGCUCCUCCGUCCGUAGCAAUCGUACACCCCCGCCGCCUUACGCACGGUACUCAGAUACGUCGACCGAUGGGAGUCAAGUACAGAGGUGACUGCACGUAGAUACACAGUGACGCCUUCCUUAGGCGUGGUCACACAAGUGUCAGGAUAGAGGCAUUUCCAUCGAUAAAUGUAUAAUAUGCUACGGAG